GUCUGUUUUUGAUGCAGUCAAGAGAAAGAAGAUUGGAGUGGAGAGAAUACAGUGGUGUGGGGUGUUCUCCUUCUGGCAAUAUCAGCACCAAGGAAAAAGAACUGCUCAAGAAGUAGAGGAAUAGAUCUUAAUCAUCUGGAUUUAAGAAGAGCCAUGUCUCUUCCCCGACAGCUGCGAGAAAAGAGUGAUUUUGACCAGCUUCCAGAUGAUGUACCCGUUUCAGCUAAUAUUGCAGAUAUUGAAGAGAAGAAAGGCUUUACUAAUUACUAUAUGUUUGUCAUUGAAGUAAAGCUUAAAGGUGGUGGCAGAUACCUGAUUUUCCGGCGCUAUCGUGAGUUCUACGCCCUGCACACCAAACUAGAGGAGAGAUAUGGUCCAGAGAGCAAUAACAGCCCAUUUACCUGCACACUGCCUGUGCUGCCAGGAAAAGUUUUUGUUGGUGCCAAAAAGGAAAUUGCUGAGAACAGGAUUCCUAUCCUAAAUGUCUACAUGAAGAACCUACUCUGCCUCCCUGCUUGGGUGUUGAUGGAUGAGGAUGUUCGGCUGUUCUUCUAUCACUCAACCUUUGAUGGUGAGCAGGUGCCUCACAGACUGAGACGGCUUCGCCCACGGACACGCCGAGUUAAGAGCAUUUCAGAUCAAGUGCCUAUUUUUGACCGCACCGCAGCUCCACGGGCUGAGGCACUGUUUGAUUUUCCUGGAACCAAUAAACUGGAACUCAGCUUCAAGAAGGGAGAUUUGAUCUAUCUACUCAGCAAAGUAAACAAAGACUGGUUAGAGGGAACUGCUGAUGGUGCCACUGGGAUUUUCCCAUGUGCUUUUGUGAAGAUCAUAAAAGAUUUACCGCAGAAGGAAGAAACCAUUAAUAAAGUUCGCUGUUAUUACUAUGAUGAAACUGUGAGCACUGUCAGGGAUAUCUCAGUGGAUGAGGAUCUGAGCAGCAUUCCAUCAUUCAAAGAUCUAAUGGCAUUGAUGAGGCAGGAGUUUAACCAAGAUGACAUUGUUUUGAAUUACCGGGACCCCGAUGGUGAUCUGAUCCGCUUGCUCUCUGAUCAGGAUGUUGAACUCAUGGUGUUUCAGAGCAGAAGAAGUCCCUCUGAGAAGCACUUUUUCCCUUGGAAGUUGCACAUCACUCACAAAGACGACUUGGCUGUCUACAACACUAGUCCAGGAACAGGUGCUACUCAAACAGUAGGAGCAAUAUAAGUGCUAUAUAGAUAUCUCUCUCUGCAGGCAGUUUCCUUCAACAUGUCUUUGAAGUGUCCUUGAAAUGAGUAAUUUUUAGUAAUAUAUUGCCUUUCAGUGUAAAAUCUGUACUUAGGUAACUUCUUCAGCUUUUUAGCACUCAUCUGCAGUAGAGACAUCUUACAUAGAGACCAGAGAAAAUGAGGAAUAGAGAAAUAAAAUCACGGGCCAUGUUCACAAAGUUAGUCUGCAAUAGAGGUCUCCUGAGCCCCUAGGCCUGCUCUAGUCUCUGUUCUCACUCCCAAGGCUAAUCAUUUGUCCAGAAUGUAUUCAUAAACUUUUCUUUUUUUUUUUUUUUUUCUGGACUCCCAUAAAUUUCAUUUGCUUAUCUGAAGGUUUGUGUGCCACUGUGUAAUUAUUUAUCUCAUGUUGGAGUCUAACUGGAUGUUCUGAGUUUGUCCUAGGAGCAUCAAGAAAACUUUUUUUGAUUUCAGUGAAAAAAUUGCAGGUCAUCUUAGCUUUCUUCUUUUCCACUGACCAGUAUAUUGAUUUCUGUGAAUCAAACUUAGUACCCCUGUGGUGUUCUGUAUAGACCCUUAUAUAAUUGUACAGUCUACUUAUUUUCAUGUUCUGGGAAAAUGUGUAGGAUGUCUAGUCAAACAGCAAUUUCUUCUCUAUCUUCUGCUUUGUGACACUGCAAUUCAAAGUAGAACUAACAAGAAAUUACUGUAUCAGAUUCUUCAAUAAAUAAAGUUCAUCAAUUUUUA